GUGCACUCGGGUGACGUUUCCGAACGCAGCCUUGUGCAUGCUGUUUUCAUAUCCGUUUAUAAGUCAUUGGAAUGUUAAUUUUUUUAUGUAGAGCAAGAAUUUUAACUACUAUUUUCAUAUUCUACUAACGAAAUCACAUAAUACUUGGACUUGUUUAUCUCCAUUAAAAAUGAGUGCAAUUACUGAAUCAGAGAAGAAACGCUUGCGUUCUUUGAAGGAGAAGAAACUGGCGUUUAAAGCAAAGGGACAACUUAUACAGCAAGCAUUAAGAAACUUGGAUACUACUACAAACAAUAAGAAAAUUAUAUUUUAUGACAAUGAAGGGCAACAACUAGAACCAAAGGAAAAGACAAAGAGAGAUUUGUUUGACAGUGACGAUGACAAUAACAAUGAAAAGAAUUCUCUAUGGAAUGAGGAUGAAUUUAAAAUCAAGAAAGGUAAAAAGACCACUCUUGGCAACGAUGCGCGUUUUACUCUGGAUAAUCGAUUCACUGAAGACGAUCGUCAGACAGAGGAAAGUAAAGUUGUUGAUGGCACCGAUGAGUGUAAUUUGCAAAAAGAAAAAGAAAGACAGCUGGGUAUCUUAGAAAGCAUUUUAGGAGUGCCGCUUACUGUAAAAAAACAGGAAACACAACCUACUAAGAAGGGAUUGAUGAUACGAUAUGACCCAACUGAAAAUGGUCAUUGUGAAUAUGAAGUGAAACCUGAACAACCGAAAACUAAGGAGGAACAGAGUAAAAAAAAGAAACGUGAAAAGUUAGUUCCAGAGAAUGAGAAACCUGUGCCAGAGCCAGAAGUGUCAAAGGAUAUUUAUUAUGCUGUAUCUGAUAUCUUGACAGAAAGCUUGAAACAGAAAGGAGAAUUUAGUUUGUUGAAAGCAUAUGGGAAGGAAAAAGAUGACACAGAAAAUACUAAAGAUAACGAUACAUCCACUGUGAAAAAUAACAAAGCCCAAAAAUUUAAGUUUAAUUUUAAUGCAAAUAAUGCAUUUAAAUACGAUUCAUCUGAUGAUGAAAAUACACAUGAAGCACCAGACAUAGAUAAUCAAAUGGUUGAUGAUAUUAAAGAAGAUACUCAACAAAAUAGCCUAUUUGGCUAUAAAGAUACUCUAUUUUUUGAUAACAAUGACGUAAGGUUUAAUGAGGCUAUAAAGUUCUUCAGUAAAAAAGCUGCUUCAAAUUAUGAACUUAAUAAUUUAAGACGCGAAUUGAAAACAAUUGUACGUAUGAAAAUUCGUAAUAAUGUGAGGAGACAUCAGCCGUAUGGUAAGAAAAGAAAAAUAAAAAAAUCUUAAAUAUU